AUGAAGGGUCCAAGUGCAAGAGCUCCAGGUCUCGUAGAUUUUUACAGUAAAGUCGAGAGCGCUGGGACUAACGCCCGGCAUAUAGCGCAACUGCUAAAGGUCGUGAACGAAGCUCACGAAGCGCUUGUCAAUCAGUCUCCAAUGACUAAACGUGACCUUUUUUACAGAGAUGUGCCAUUGUUCAAUACUCAAGCCACAGUUGAUGCGCUGGUAGACGACCUAGCGGCCACCUUCUCGAAAAAGCGCUCCGAACUCAACAUCAGAGCCUCGUCAAAAGGGCUUUUCUGUGGUUCAGCACUUACCAUUCAUCUUCAUGACGGCUCUACGAUUACGGGGCACAACUCAGAGGCGGCCCUCAUCCCUGAAGCGCAAGACAUUGCCGAAUUCUGCAUGAAUGAAGAUAUCACCUGGAUUCUCGUAGUGGAAAAAGAUGCCGUAUUUCAGACCUUGUCUCGAGCUGGCCUGACUAACCAUCCAAGUCUACCUGGUCCGGGCAUUCUGAUCACGGGCAAAGGAUAUCCUGAUCUCGCAACGAGGCAGUUGGUCAAGACCCUCUCUGAUAAUAUGCCAGAAGAGACACGAAUUCUCGCCCUCGUCGACGCAGAUGCAUAUGGUCUCGAUAUCGUGUCAGUUUACAAGUACGGUAGUAUGAGUAUGCAGCACGAAAACGAGAGCCUCGCAGCAGAGCGAGUGGAAUGGAUCGGCGUCUCUGCUGGUGAAGCUUUGAGUCUAGGAGUAGACAGAGAUGCGUUCCUACCAAUCACUGUCCACGAUCAACGUAAAGCCAUAUCGUUGCUACAAUCACGCAUCCAAAUGCCAAGUGCUUGGAGGCGGGAACUUAUGCAAAUGCUCCAUACUCGACGCAAGGCCGAAACUGAGGUCUUGUCUUCUGCACCAAUCCCUUUACACCUGGUAUGUCAUUUCGAUGAAGACGACGGCUCCGUUCACCCCGCGAAGAAGCUCCUUAUCCCGCUAGUCUGCUUCACGAUCCGCAAGAUUAACGAUGCUUUACUGCUUUGA